AUGGCUCACUCGAAACCAAAGAGCGACGCUCCGUUCCUCUUCCCAAAAUGCGAAGCCUCUGUUUUACCAGACCCGUCUCGGUUCUUCAGCAACCAUCUCCUCUCAAACCCUCUCCCUACUAACUCUUUCUUCCAGAACUUCACUCUCGGUAAAGGCGACCAACCUGAGUACUUCCACCCUUACCUCAUCAAACCGGCUAAGUCAUCCCUCUCCAUCUCGUACCCGUCUCUGUUUCAUAACUCAGACUUCUUCCACGAGGUUUUCAAACCAGACAUUACCAUCUCCGGUUCACCCGUCGACCAGAGUUCCAGGCAAACUCACCAGAUCUCUUCAUUCAGCGAUCUCGGCGUCAAUCUAGACUUCCCUUCCUCUAAUCUCAGAUUCUUCCUCGUCAGAGGAAGCCCGUUUAUCACAUUCUCGGUCUCAUGCAACACGAUCACAAUCUCAACAAGCCACGAGUUCGUGUCCUUUUCCGGUAACAGCUUAUCUACAAAGUAUACGGCUAAGCUUAACAACAACCAAACAUGGUUGAUCUACGCCUCUUCUCCUAUCAAACUAACCAAACACGACAACUCCUCGAUUCGUUGCCGUGGCGAGUUUUCCGGUUUAAUCCGAAUGGCUGUGUUACCUAACUCCAAACCAGAUUUCGAACCGGUUCUCGACCGGUUCAGUCGCUCUUACCCGGUUUCCGGCGACGCAGACUUCACAAAGCCCUUCACUUUAGAGUACAAAUGGGAGAAGAGAGGCCACGGAGAUCUCCUGAUGCUCGCUCAUCCUCUUCAUCUGAAGCUCUUAUCAAAAGACAACGAAUCAGUCACCGUACUGAACAACAUCAAAUACAAAAGCAUCGACGGAGACUUAACCGGGACGUGGCACUCACUCAAAGGAGUGAAACAAGACUCGCCACGAGAAGAGAUCAUCUCAGCUCUCAUCAAAGACGUUAUCUCAUUAAACUCUUCGUCUCCGGUCUCGAGCUGGUCUUAUCACUACGGGAAAGUGAUAGCGAGAGCGGCGAGGCUGGCUUUGAUCGCAGAAGAGGUUUCUUAUCUCCAUGUGAUUCCGGAGAUCAGUAAGUACUUAAAGGACAUGAUCGAGCCGUGGCUUGACGGGAGUUUCGGACCGAACUCGUUUAUGUAUGCAUAUGAUCCUAAAUGGGGAGGUAUUAUCACAGUCCAAGGAUCGAGAAAUGCACGAGAAGAUCACGGGUAUGGGAUUUACAACAACCACCAUGUUCAUCUCGGUUACUUUCUCUACGCGAUCGCUGCGCUUGUUAAGAUCGAUCCUUUGUGGGGGAAGAGAUACAGAGCUCAUGCGUACACUCUUUUGGCGGAUUACAUGACGUUGGGGAGGAAAUGUGACCAAGCCGACACUCUUUCCACUCCUUAUCGGAAGAUAAAUGAUAAAUGA